AUGUCUUCCGCCCAAACCCGCGCCAAGAGCUUCCUCCUCCUCGCCUGCGAGGCCUACCGCGACGGCGACGACGACCAGUCCAACCAGCAGGUCUAUAGCCUCGCUGCGGGCAUGUUCGGCGCCGCCGCGUGGGCGCAGUACGCAGGCGGGGUGGGUGUCGCCGUCGCUUCCUCGGAUGAUGCAGUGAAGGAGGCACUGUGUGGGCAGGGAAAGAAGUAUUUGAUGGACGCGUGGAGGGCGUUGAUGGAGGGCGGCCAUAAAAAUGACGCCGACAAGAUCUUCGAGCUGGGGAUGAGGCUCUACGGGAGCGCGCAGUGGAAGAUGGAGGAGGAUGAGGAUGAGGAUGAGGAUGAGGAUGAGGAUGAGGGAGAGGGAGGAGAAGAGGGAAAGUGCGGUGCGGCUGAUGAUGUCUUUCGACCAUCAAGGCUGCGAUGA